CAACACUAUGUUGCGGUGUCGGCAAAAUGCAUACGAGGUCUUUGUGCGCGGCUAUGCUUCUGUUGCAGGGAAGCCAUCAAGGCUGAGGGGAGCUAAAGGCACCUUUCUUGGACUCGAGCAUUUCAUACAAAGCAAAAGAGCUUUGUCACUUUGGAGAGAAAUUGUGCGCGCCUUAAAUAAAAUACCCCCUUCAUCGACGAAAAGCGAGCUACGAAAGUUUGCCCGUGACGAAUUUGAGCGGAACCGUCAUGUCUCAGACAUUACUCACAUAAGAUACCUCAUAUCGACCGGAAAAACGGAAUUUGACUCGAUGAAGAGAUACAUCGAAGAGCAGGCGCUGUGAUUGUCGUCAUCACCGUCGCCGCAAAUUGAAAAUCACCAUCGAGGGUUAAUGAAGACUUGAAUAUGAAAGCGGGAAAUAAUCUGGCAAUAGUGGCAGUAUAUUUCGGGUUGGUCCAGGGAAACCAUUGACCUGGUACUGGAUAUAGUACGCAUGAGUGUAUAGCUUGUUAGAUUGAUAACUGCAGGUGUUUGGACCAGUGAAAGCAAGAAAGAAUGACCCCCU